AUGGCUGCGUCGACUGCCUGCCGCGGUUUCUUCCGCGCACGGAGGGAUCCCUCCGCGCGUUUCGCCCACCGCGCACUGCGGGUUCUGCGAGGUCGCCAAAGUGCCCGGCGCAGCAGCUUCCUCAGCGGCUUUGGGGAUGUCGAAGCGACCGGCGACGUCCCCUCGGAGCGGGACGCGCAGCUGGCUGAAGCCCUUGGCUUUGUGAAGAAAGGCCGCAUGGACCGCGCCUUACAGCUUGCAGCCACCUUGGCCCAGCAGCCGACGGAUGCUGGACGCUUCCUAGCUGAGCAGUGCUCACAUCGGGCCGCGGCCGCGUACCUCAACAGCCAGGAAGCACGCGAGAUGGCCGUGGGGCUGGUGGUGGCUGGCACCACCUUCGACAUCCCAGGCAGAGAUGUGAAAUUGAUCCGCCCCAAGCAGCUGGUGGAAGGCUUUUGGUUGCGCAAAGUGAGUGAUGUCCAUGACCUGGCUGAAAGUGGUCGUCGCCUGGCGAAGGCGUCCUUAGCACUUGGGGAGGGCCAGCCCUGGCCCUUUGCAGCCCGAGAUUGGCAGCUGCUGGCACGCUGCUCUGUGCUGCGUCUACAGACCUGCCAAAGUCAAGCAGUUCUGCAGGCGUACAUCGGCAAGCGGAUCCAAGGUGAUGGUUCCCUGCUGCCGAAGUUGCCGGCGCUUUGGGCCAUCUUUGUGAAGUCAGGAAAGCAUUUGCGAGAGGCUUUGCUGAGUCCUGAGCCACCUGGGCCUUUGGAUGAGGGCGCGGCUGGAGCUGACCUGCCCUCCGCAGACGUGGGGCUCUUCCGCGCGUUGGCGGAGCAGCGGCAGCGCGCCGCGGCGCGGCAGAUGGAGAUCCUCACGGAGUGCAUCUCCGAGGCAGCCACCGGUGGUCUCUUUGAGGCCGAGGAUGGCCUUGAUCUCUUGCAGGUGGCAGAGGGCAUGUUCAAGGUGGACUGCCCGCCUGAGAUCCGCCAAAGCUCCUUAAAGAUCUUACGCGCCACCGCCACGGUGCUGCGCGAGCGUUGA